GCCUACGAAUCAAUACACAAAAAUAGGACGGGGGAGGAAAUAAUGUUUUGUUGUUUUUGGUUAAAUAAAUCCGUUUGAUUCAACGCAAUGCCGAAAGUGAAAAGGAGCAGGAAACCACCUCCGGAUGGCUGGGAGUUGAUUGAACCGACAUUGGACGAAUUAGACCAAAAAAUGAGAGAAGCCGAGACGGAGCCUCACGAGGGAAAGAGGAAGGUGGAGUCCCUGUGGCCGAUAUUCAGACUGCAUCAUCAGAGGAGCAGAUAUAUCUUCGACUUGUUCUACAAGAGGAAGGCCAUCAGCAGAGAGCUGUAUGACUACUGUAUAAAGGAGAGUUAUGCUGAUAGGAACCUGAUCGCUAAGUGGAAGAAGCAGGGAUACGAGAACCUGUGCUGCCUUCGCUGCAUCCAGACACGAGACACCAACUUUGGAACCAACUGCAUCUGUAGAGUUCCCAAGAGCAAACUGGAGGUGGGGAGGAUUAUAGAGUGCACCCACUGUGGCUGCCGAGGCUGCUCGGGCUGAAUCGUCAGGAUCAUCGCCUGGCUGUUCUACUCUGGCUCGUCUAGUCAGGUCUGGAUCGCCUGGCUGUUUUGCUGUGGGGAUCGUCUAGCCUGGCCUGGCUGUUCUGUUCUGGAUCGUCAGUUAUUUUCUACGGGACAUCAGGGCUCAUCUACUCCACCUGUGUGCUUCAUUACCUUGGAGCGGCUAAUCUCAAAUACACCCCUACCCUCUAGCCCCCUACUCUCUAGCCCCCUACUCUCUAGCCCCCUACUCUCUAGCCCCCUACUCUCUAGCCCCCUACUCUCUAGCCCCCUACUCUCUAGCCCCUACUCUCUAGCCCCUACUCUCUAGCCCCCUACUCUCUAGCUCAACUCUCUAGCCCAAAACUCUCUACUCCCUAGUCUCUUGCCCCCUACUCUCUACCCCCCUACUCCCAGUAUAGGGGUGUCUUUGUGAUUGGGCAAGGUUAUUGUUACCAUUCCAGCUGUUUAGUACACACGGUGGUCAUUAUUAAGUGCUAUUGUACCUCAUUUACAAUGAAGAGGGCUGUGGAACAGGGAAGGGUCAUUGCUUUCAACCUGAUGUACCUUUGUUUUGUUUAUCUUUUUAUAAUUUCAAUUAAAAACUCUCUUGUUUUAAAUAA